AGCUCGAGAUCUGCUGACCCUCUUUUGCUCUGUCUCCUCAGAGUCUGUCAUAGGGAGCUGCAUGGAUAGAAGUUCUCCAGGAGAAGUAAUGGAGCUACCUGAUCACAAUGGACUUGGGUACCCAACACGCCCCUCUGUCAGUGAGCACCACAGGCCCCGGACCCUCCAGAGACACCACACGAUCCAGAACAGUGAUGAUGCUUAUGUGCAGCUGGAUAACUUACCGGGAAUGAGUCUCGUGGCUGGGAAAGCACUCAGUUCUGCCCGGAUGUCGGACGCGGUUCUCAGUCAGUCCUCGCUCAUGGGGAGCCAGCAGUUUCAAGAUGGGGAAAAUGAGGAAUGCAGGGAGAGUCUAGUCGGUCACGAGCACCCAGACCUGACUGAUGGCAGCCAGCAUUUAAACUCCUCUUGCUACCCAUCCACGUGCAUUACAGACAUCCUGCUCACCUACAAGCACCCCGAGGUCCCCUUCAGCAUGGAACAGGCAGGCGUGUAACAGCAAACGGAGAGUUUGUGUACAGCGCGGGGAUGAGAAGGUUGACUUUAAACCAACAGUAUCUAGCAGCAUUGCGCCAAAUUGCCAUUGUGUUUCUGUCCACCCAGAAUGUCGUGGCCCCUUACCUCACACUGGUUCAUCAGUGUGCGGUUCUUUUGGGUUCUGAGGGGGUUUUGCCAUGUAUACUUGUAUGACCAAGUCACCAAGGAAAUAAACAGGAUAUCCAUGUUUGCCA